AUGUUGUCGUGCCUCAAUUGUGCUACGAUAUCGUUGAUUACUACUUGCGGGACUGAUUUUCCUGCCAAGUGCAUAGCGUUAUUGCGAAUGAUGAAUGCAGCAAUGCUACCUAACAAAAUACCGAUUAAAACUGAACCAAUGGAGUCCGGGAUACUAGUUCUCAACACACAGCUUAACGCAAUUGAUGAAGCAGAGAUGAAUGUUCCGAAAAUUGAUGCCGAAUCCUCCAAGCAAACCACACUCAAACUUGGGUCAGCGCUUGUUCUCACUGAAAAUGGAAUUUUGAAACAUAAACUGUUGGCAAAAACUUUUGAAGACGAAGAUUUGAAAAAAUAUUAUCCUAAAAGAGGAAAGAUAAACUGA